CCGUAAAGAAGGACGGAGGAACCGACGGACACGAGUGAAUCGACGAGGAGGAAGCGGGACAUGCUGGAACCACGCUGGAGACCCGUCCAGGGACACAUUGGUGAAAAUCCAUUCGACAACGCUUCGUGGGGAAAGGAGCAUUUUCAGCCAUCGACGCUUCCUUGGCAGCUCAAUCCGCGCAGUCACGGUCGUCCUAGUGACGAUGGCAUAAUGGAUCAUGAUACAGACGGAGACGGCGCGAUCAACUUGUCAACGUCACAGCGACCCUCCGCUGCUACCACCCCUAAUAGUGAUACUCCCACUUACGGCCAAGAUCAACAAAAUAACGAUCAGGUCACUUCGCUGUUUGCAGCCCUGAAGCAACAGCAACAGCAAACGCGUGACAGCGUCUUCUCCUCGUCGCGGGACCGCGACAAGGAUCGCCUGUCCACGGUCCGCAAUCGCGACUCCGGAGGCAGAGGCAAUAUAGCGGAGACCGGCGGCGUUGCUGAUCAACAGCAGCAACAGCAGCAGCAGGAUCUCAGUAUCGAGUACCAAAGCAAUGGGAAGCUCAGUCCCGGACACGCAGUGACACCAGCACCCAUGACCCAGCAAAAGCAGCCAAUCAUCACGCAGCAGUCGCAACAGCCCAGCUCAGGGGUACCGGGGCCCCAACCUAGCCCGCAUCAGAGCCCGCAAGCCCCACAGAGGGGUUCACCGCCGAAUCCUUCCCAGGGCCCGCCAGCCGGUGGCCCGCCAGGGGCACCGCCGUCGCAGACCCCCUCGCAGAUGAUGCUCAGCUCGGCGAGCGGCCUCCAUCAGAUGCAACAACUGCUGCAGCAACACAUACUCAGCCCCACUCAACUGCAGUCCUUUAUGCAGCAGCAUACAUUGUACAUGCAGCAGCAACAACAACAGCAACACCAUCAGGAUUCAUCUUCGGAUCAUGCGUCUAAUCAGGAGCGGUUUGGUUACUUCUCCUCUUUAAAGAACCAUCAACAUCAACUCGCGGAACUCAACAAGAAACAGUUGGAGCAGGCGAUGCAGCAGCUGCAGGAACAAUUGCAGCUGAACUUAUUUCAGCAGACGCAUUUAAUGCAAACGGCGGACAAAAAGAAGGCAUCGGCGCCGCUCCAGCAACUAGCGAUUCAGCAGCAGCAACUGAUACAGCAAUUGCAGAUCACACAGAGGCAGUAUUUGUUGCAGCAAGGACUGAGUCUUCAAGGCCAUAAUCCAUCUUCAGCAGGUUUGCCAUCAAGUGAUAAUCUACCAUCAUGGAAGUCAGAGCCCUCAGAUGCGCCGGAAUCCCAUCAGAAUUCCAACGUGUCGAAAUCCAAUUCUGGAUUGAACGGCAUUCUGAAUUCGAUAGCUUCGAGCCGACGGUCCGAGGUGAAUGGCACAACAUCGAUGGACGAGAAGCCGCUGGACGCCUCCUGCAACGACAAGGUUCAUCCCCUCUAUGGCCAUGGGGUAUGCAAGUGGCCAGGCUGUGAAGUAAUUUGUGAAGACUAUCAAGCAUUCCUUAAACAUUUAAAUACAGAGCACACAUUGGACGACCGAUCGACAGCGCAAGCCAGGGUCCAGAUGCAAGUUGUGUCGCAGCUAGAAAUUCAGCUGCAAAAAGAACGAGACCGACUAGGUGCUAUGAUGCAUCAUUUGCACAUGGCAAAACAAAUGGCUUCCCCGGAGCCGCCAAAGUCAUCUGAGUCAUCGACGGGCUCGAAUUUACCAAAGCUAAAUUUUUCCACUCCGCUGAUGAGUCAGCCGCCACCCAACUUCUCCCAGGUGUCACCGGUAUCCAUGUCCGCGCUGGUGUCCGCCGUGAGGUCGCCCGCGGGUGGUCAGCUACCCCCGGUUGGCAGUGCCCCGAUGCCGCCACUUCCGACCAUACCGAAUAUGUCCAGUUUACCGCCCAUGCCCAACAUGCCUGGCAGCAUGCCGAGUAUGGCUGGACCAAUCAGACGGCGCAUUAGCGACAAGUCAGCUCUUUCUUUGGCAGGAGGACUGUAUGACGAGGGCACUGUAAGGCGCAGAGUAGCCGUCGAUAGAUCUGGAAUAGAUAUUAAUGAAGAAAUUCAGCGAAAUAGGGAAUUCUACAAGAAUGCAGAUGUCAGACCACCGUUCACGUAUGCAUCCUUAAUUCGGCAGUCCAUCAUCGAAUCUCCUGAGAAGCAGCUGACGCUCAACGAAAUUUACAACUGGUUCCAAAACACAUUCUGCUACUUCCGGCGCAACGCAGCAACGUGGAAGAACGCAGUGCGACACAACCUGUCUCUCCACAAAUGUUUCAUGCGAGUCGAAAACGUGAAAGGGGCCGUAUGGACGGUGGACGAAGUGGAGUUUUACAAGAGACGCCCACAGCGCGCUUGCAGCACGACCGGGGGCGUACCGUCGAAGAGCCCAACGCUGACGCAUAGUCCCACUAUGUACGGUGACGCGCUUAAUGCCAACCUGCAGUAUUUCCAGGCACUCGGGGAGUCUAAUAUGGGAUUUUUGAAUCCGAUGUGCACGUCAACAGCGACAAGUCCUGAUAAGGAACAUGUGUUACCUCAUAAUGACUUAAUGUCGCCGCUGGAUGAACCGGCCGUGCACAUAAAGCAGGAGAGCCAGAGUCCGGAAGGAGGGAAGCACACGAGAUUAAUAAAGCGCGAGCUGCCGGACGGCCCCAUGGAGCAGGAGACGGAGGAGGAUCAGACGGACGAGAGGGAAUACUCGGAGAGCCACGGCCACGACUCCGGCCAGGACGAGGAUAUAGCGGAGGACCUGUCGAUGGCGCCCGACAUAAUGAUCCCGGAGGAUCAGGUCGAGGCGUAAUAUCGCCCCCGUCGCAAUGAACCGAUAGAAACGAGAUGUGUACAAGGUGUCCCGUUUGUUCGGUCACGCGAAGAGAGGAGCCCUUCUACGUUGACCAGGGUCUAGAGUAGAGAACGGAAGUAUAAGGAAAGAGCGGAAGAGAGCACGGGGUUGCGAGUAAGCGGAAGAGUAAUCGAGCAGUGUGACUCGACGAGAAGAGGACGAUGAAGGCCCUCCAGGACCACCCACCCCCCUCCACACUCCUCCUUCGUACGAGUUCCCCCCUCAACGUAUCAUAUCUGUGCCGCACGGCGUCCCGAAUGGCGGCUUUAACGGAAGAAAAAGGAGCCAAUUCGAAUUUGUGAAAGGACACUGUCGGGUUAAGCGACAACGGUUGGCGAGCGGUACCACCGGUCCAGCUAGGACGUCCGACGCCCGCGCCGGUAGCGUCGUAAAUCUCGGCGACAUGUGGAAGCGAUUCAUAUCCUUACUCAAACAAUUGCGAGCAACGAUCUACAUACUUUAUUUUCCUCUCGAUCCUUUUUCCGUUUCGGAGCCGCGGUUAUAUCUAAUAGACACGUAUACAUAAAUAUAUACAUAUAUCUUUCUCUCUCUCUCUCUCCUCUCUCUAUCUCUCUCGUGUACAUUGCAUUAGAAAUUAAUGUAGCGACGAUAGGGCACCGCGCACGGCGCGCCAUGCGGUCGGCGCGCCUUACCGGACGCCCCGGAAACACGACGGGAAAUAUAUCCUUCGCCGGAGGAACCGAUGUGGUCGCGUCGCGAUUAUUGCAUUUUGUGACAAAACUUAUCGAGUACGAUGGCAACUCUAGCAGGUCUUUGAACUUCUUUAUGUUGUAUCGAACUGAUAAACAAUGUAACUUUACAAACGAUUGAAAAUAUGUAUACUCUACAUAUAUAUACAUUAUACGUGAAACACAAUUUUUACGCAAUACUUGACGAUAUUUUCUUUGUGUUUCGAGAAAGUCAAAUUGUUUUUGUUUUAAUUACGAAUAUAAUUAUCCAAUAAUUUAUGCGAUCAGUGAGAACAUCGUACAACGCAGAAUAACGUGCCAUAUUCGCGUCGGUUCAAUCUUCAAUUCGGAUCUUUCAAAAAGAAAAAAAAAAAACGUCGACAAGAAUCGACGCGCCGGUUCCGCCGGAGAAGCGAAUCGAUCAGACAGUACGGCGGGAUUGAAUCCACGAAAUAAAUCGAUGAAGCCGCGAUGGUGGUGGUGGUGGUGGGUACGUACGGGAGCGACUGAGUUUAGUCUUUAAGGCCUACCUUUCACCUAGCGAACGAAGAGCUAUUGUGUGAGCUAUUGUAUCGCGACUAUACGCGGGUCCUACCCCUCGAAGAGGCCCCGGUAUCAGACACACAUACACAAGUUUAAACUAAGAAUCCGCAUCCGGAUGACGAGACCGGAUGCGUCCCGGCGUACCCGUCCGCUACACUUGGUAGCACUCUGUAUAGUCUAGCGAAGUUAAUCGUAAGUCGUAUUCAUUAAAUGGUAAUUAACCGGUCGAAGAGAGAAAGAAGAAAAAAAAAACACGAGGAAAAGACCGGCCAGGAGGCGGCCGAUGUUUGUAAAUGAGCGCUACGAUACGCGACACGCGCGCGUGCGACGAUCUUUCAAAUUACCUUCCGAUCGAGCCGGUCAGGGAUCCGCGAAUGCAGAAACGAUAUUACAUAUAGGUGUACGUGGCUCCGCGACACGAUCGAUGACACACACGAGCGAACGUUACGAACGGGGAUAAGUGGGAAGAUCGCUAACGCGACGUUUCAUAAUCACGUAUACGUACGUGCACAUUACACGGCAAAACGAAAUUCCAGAUUUGACGCUAAUAUCUCGACGGUUUUUUUUUGUACGAUAUAUAUACAUAUAUAUAUAUAUAUUUAAUUUCACCGUUUCUAUGGUAUAGGAUAGACUCAGCGCCGUGACGAGAUGGUGCUUUUCAAGUUCAAUGCAGUGAAAGCUAGUAUUUCAACUGCCUUGGACAAUUAACAUAAAACUUUCGAGUUGUUAUGUAUUACGCGUUCAAGAAGAUUAUAUUAUAGUUAUUAGCACUUCCUUCUGUGAUACGUGACGAAUAUAUAGUAAGACCACUAUAUUUAAUUAUAUAUAUAUAAAUAUAUACAGACGAGUAAGGGACUUAUACAUAUGUAUCUAUACGUUACAAGUCGUUUUUGGUUGCUAAGUCUAUUAUAUAUCGACAUAUUUCCAAUGAAUUACCGGCAAUUAAUACAUGUCACGCUACUGAAUCGAAUGUCGAAAAAAAAUUGCAUAAAAUGGCAAGAUAUCACGUUAAUGAUCUCCCUACUUCUCUAAGCAUGAAGUCUAUAAAUAAAUUAAAAAGGUACUAUGCAUAUACACAUAUAUUAAUACGUAUACGUAUCGAAAUUGUAAGGAAUUAGAUGUCGACAAGCCCUCUCCAUCAAACUUUUUCUCCCCGUCCCCCUUCUCCCCCCGUCCAAUCCUAGUCCUACUAUAUGCAUACCAAUCGAGACCAGUAGAUUUCUUCUAAAGUGCGCGGUCUCCAAAUCCCGAAACACACACGAGUAUAGAAAAGCGCGCUGACAUCGGUACGGCGAGCAACUUCAAAUUGUACGGAGUCUAUCGACACGACACGAAUAAUUCGAAUUUUCUCUUGAGCCGUCAGUAUUUUUUUGUAGUCUCCGUAUGUAUUUAACGAUAAAUAUUUGUCGAGCUUAGAUGCUAGUUUAAUUGCCACGAGGCGCCCGCGUCACCUCUGCGCAGUGACUGGUGGAGACGAAAGGGGGGGCUAUUUUAUUAGAUUAUAACAAAACAUUAUGUGCAAUUUGAAAAACUAUUAUUUCAGCUACGCAAAGUUACUUUGUAUCACGAAAUAUUUAAUGUUGAGUUGAACAACUUCGCGGCGUCGUUGAAUGCAAUAAAUUGUUUUUUUUUUUUUUAAUUAAAUUUAGAAGGAUCUUCCAUGUUCAUUUGAUAUUUGUUGUCAAUAGUUGUCAAAUCUUAGUUUCAGUUGUUAAAAAAUACGAUUAAUUCUAAUUUUAUUGACGUUAUUGCACAUGGCAAUAAUAGGUGUUGAUAUUUCAGUGCACUUAAGUAGAAUGCGGGAGUUUGUGACAUUUCACGAUGAUCCUUUUUUCAGGCGAGCGAUGCUAUUACAACCCGUUUUGAGAAGUGCGAUUUGAUUUAAUGAAAAUAUAAAAUAUUGAAAUUGUUUUCCAUGCGUCGUCCAACUUCUUUUUCACUAUUAUUAUCGCGAAAGAAACAACGCAUCUCAAACCACAAUUAGUUCGGAUCUUACAAUAGAAACUCACGAAUUUUCGCAGUCUAGUUAUAAGAUGCAUGCAAAAAUAAUGUAAAAUUUUAUUAAUGGAUAAAUACAUUAUACUUCGUUUCUGUUCGCCAGUCUAAGCAGGUGUCUUUUUCUCAUUUCUGGGAACUGAACUAUAAUAACGCGAAUGUACGAAUUAGAGUAUUUCAGUAAACAAUCAAAUAAAAAUAAGAAGAUACAAUAUUAUAUUAAUAUGAUACAAAUAUUAUGAAUUUUAUAUUUGAAUUUGAAAAUUUCGACAGUCAAAUUGACUAGACGAGCACAUAUUGUUCGAAUAAAUCUUUUUUCUGUAACUCGUAAUCUGCAAUUUCUAUUAUCACACAGCUUUUUAUAUGCAUUGCAUAUAUACUUGUAAUAUGUACAGAUGCGUCAAUAGCUCUACUCGAUUAUUGUUGCAAGCAUUGUUUUAUUAUUUUUAGAAGGCAUUAAAUAUUAAAGAAACGUUUCCUUAUACUUUUACAAUUGCAAUUAACGUUAUUAUUUCCCGAACAUUGACAAAAUAAAACAUUGCGGAAUUGUACAGCUUUCGCGUUUCGAGCUAUAAUAAGUAAUUUCAAACCGACAACCAACUUUAAUUAACGAGACAUACAUAUCUGCGUUGUGAGGCUUUGACAGAUUUGUCGCUGAAUAAUUUAAAACACGAAAUUGAUAUAUUUGCAUGUACUUGUCCUGAGUGUAAGUCUCUGCAGGGUUAAGGAAUAAUUAAAUCACACACAACGCGCGUAGAAGGAAAGACAAGCGCGAAGAGCGAGAGAGAAUGCGAGGUGUGUAUGUGUGUAUGUCUGCAUUUUUUGUGCGAGGAUGCCGUAAACCGUUCGGCAGUCACCUGGUUCACCGAUGAAAUUUUGCGAGGUUCAUUGCCGUUUGGGCUUGCUUUCGCGUAAGAUACCUAUUAAUAAUCUAAGUCUAUAUGUUUUAUGUAUAAUGAAUUAAGAGAACUUGAUACGCGCCAAUACACGCAAACACACACACACACACACACACACACACACACACACACACACACACACACACACACAACACACACACACACACACACACACACCACAUACACGCACUCACACAUGUAUGACAUAGAAGACUCUCCUGUAAAUAAUUAAAUUCAUCGAGGCAUUAGGAAUUUGCGCAUACGUCAUUCGCGGACGGAUGAUUCUGCUGAUAUCGCGGCCUGAUACGCGCGUAUAUACGUGUGCAUGUGUUGCGCAUGAGUGUAAUUGUGUAUGCGAGUGCACGCGUUAAAUUACCCGUUAAAUCCCGUAUGCAUUUAAUUUCGACUCGUGAAGUCUACUCUCUCUUGUCUUUCUCUCGAUGUUCUCGGGAGGACGUAUAAUUCGACGGAAGACAUUUUCUCGUUUCGCCCGGGUGAACGUUCGUCACGUCGCGGGGAGGAGCGGGGCCCGACGACCGGAUAAUUUAUAAUUGAUAAUCGGUUAAAUUGAUCGAUCAAGCGCCGCGUCGCGUGACGUUUUGGGCGGGCUCGCGCAACGCGUAUCUGCUGCUGAAUCUUUUUGUAUUACGACAAUGUUAUACACACGUACCCACAGAUGCUUUAUUAUUAAUGUUUUCCUUUUCUUUUUUGUUAUGUUUGUUGAUUGAGGGCAAUUUGGAUUUAUGUACGCGGGCAUUGCGAUCGAUUAGUGCGCAUUCGGGCGAGAGAUUAUUUCAUUACUUUGCCUACACAAUGCUGCAGAAAUUAUAGCUUUUUUCCCCCUUUUUAAUCGUGCCGCGUUGAACUUUGCAAAACGCUCGAAAAAUAAUUGCCGAUAACGAACUCGAUAAUCAAUCGCCGGUGCAUUACUUGGCAUUUUAUUGCUUCGCUCUGACGAAAACGAUGGCGAUUCCGUGGAAUCAUAUCAGAUAGAAUCGAAGUAUCCAACAUGAACAGUGCCAAAUCGAUGCUGAUGUUUAUUUGUUUAAUGCCAAGAUAAAACCGAAUAAAAAUAUUCGGAUCCUGAAGAAAAUUAUUGCUAAUUUCAAAAAAUUUUUAUUAAAUUCUUUAUCUUCCGUCAUUAACCUGCUACAGAAAUUCAAUAUAGGCAGAUGACAAAAUAAAAUGAUUGAUUGUCGACAUUUGUGCAAUAAGUUGCAAUAUGUUAUACAUUGAUUAAUGUCCGAAUAUAUUACAAUUUCUAUAUAUAUAUUGUGUAUAUAUGUGAUCGAGAUGGACAUGUUCAUGACAAAUUUCGCGUUUAUUAUUAAAAUCGCGUUCCACACAAUAUUCUCGCGAGAGUGUACGUAACACAUCGUAGGGAUUCCCGUCAAAUAAAGCAUUUCCUCGCAAGCAAAUCAAACAUGUUAGAACAAGGACGUACAAACAAGUGUGGUUUUUAACAUAAAAUAAUGUAUCUAUAAUCUCUGCAAAAUUGUAGAAAAUAAUUUUCUACAUAGUCUUACUUUUUAAAAAUAUAAUUUAAAGUAAUUUGCAAAGGAAAGAAACCAAAGGAGGUUGUUAUCGCAAUUCGAGCUCGCGCAAAGAAGCGAAUUCCAUGAAGGAUAACCGUGUAUAAUCGAUCGAAUAGGAUACCGCCGGCAUAAAUUGAAAAUUAUUGCAUUCUCCUACAAUGUUUAUUGUCUGGAUUACUUUGUUAAGUAUUUGUAUGAUAAGUUGCCUUGUAAAAAUGUACCGAUUUUACUAAGAAAUUAAAUGUGUUACUGAAAGAAAACCAUGCACGAUUUCUCUUCAACUGUUCUUAUCAACCUCCGGUCUUUACGUUGGGAAUGGUAAUGGACGGAGCGUGGUGAUAGCCGAUUAAGUAGUUAUAAUUGUAAGUACCGAUGAAUUUAUAAUUUUCACCGUACUUUCUUUGGAUAAGACUGACAUCGUUUGUAUAAUGCUUGAUAAUCCCGUUAGACGUAUCGAGAUUUAUAUACGUAAAUUAAUGUAUCUAUGGAAAUAUAUGUCUAUAAAUAUAUAUAUAGAUUGCAGGAAGCACUUAUAUCGUACUGUAAAUAGUGAAUUUACGAAAUCACAUUUUCAAGUUCGGCAUAAGCGUUAGUAUUAAGAUCCUAGCUGAUAUAGAAUUAUCUUGAAAGGAUAUAUAUACUUAUAUAAAUAUAUACAUAUAUAUAUAUAAAAUAAAAACUGCAACAUAUAUAAAACACGAGAAUUUUAAGCUCUUUAAAAAUUCUGUGUUCAAAUUCCCUGUUAAUGCAUUUAAUAAAGGGAUCCUAAACACUU